AUGGGUGCCAACCUGAACGUCCCCGCACAGCCGGAAGAGCCAGAGCAAGAAGCUCCUGGACCAGCACCAGCUGAACCAGCACCACCUCCACCUCGACCGUCGAAGCCGGUGUCCCAGGAGAAACUGUACGAGUGCGUCAACGGGGUGCUCGAAGCAGCGACCAAAAAGCGUCGCGCCUUCCUGGAGACGGUGGACCUGUUCGUAACGCUUCAGGACUACAACUUACAGAAGUACAGGCGUCUCAGAGGCAUCGUCAAGAUGCCGUACCCUGUCAAACAAAACCUGCGUGUUUGCGUGUUCGGCGAUGCGACCGAAAGCGAAGAGGCCAAGGCCAUGAACUUGGGCUUCAUGGUUUGUGCCCAAGUUUUGCAGCUGAAGAGGAAAAGCAAGGCCAUCAGGCAGCUCGCGUCGAAAUACGACGUCUUCUUGGCACCUGAGGCGUUGGUGAGAGAUCUCAACCAGGUUCUGGGUCAAGGGUUCAGCCAGGAACACAAAUGCAUCACUGCCGUGGCUCCGACCGAAUCAAUACCUGCCAAACUGGAGGAGCUCAAGCACAGCACCCGGAUUUGGAUGAAGGCGAAGGCGACGUUCAGCAUUCGCGUGGGCCACGUCAACAUGAGCGCCGACCAGCUGGCCGAGAACGUGAAGGCGACCGAGACUCAGCUCCUGGAGCGCCUCAAGAAGGGCUGGGACCACGUGCACUCACUCGUCCUCAAGUCCACCAUGGGACCCGCGUUCAAGUUGUGCUGA